AUGCCUAGGGAAAUUAUCACGAUCCAAGCCGGCCAAUGCGGCAACAACGUCGGUAGUCAGUUCUGGCAACAGCUAUGCCUGGAGCAUGGUAUCAGCCAAGAUGGAAACCUGGAGGAAUUCGCGACUGAAGGCGGCGACCGCAAGGAUGUGUUUUUCUACCAAAGUGACGAUACCCGAUAUAUUCCCCGAGCGAUCCUCCUCGACCUAGAACCACGAGUUCUCCAUGGCAUUCAAUCCGGUCCCUAUCGCAACAUCUACAACCCUGAGAACUUCUUUAUCGGACAAAAUGGUGUCGGUGCUGGAAAUAACUGGGGUGCUGGAUACGCGGCUGGAGAAGGAGUUCAAGAAGAGAUCUUUGACAUGAUUGACCGAGAAGCAGAUGGUAGUGACUCACUAGAGGGUUUUAUGCUAUUACACUCGAUUGCCGGCGGUACAGGCUCUGGCUUGGGCAGUUACCUCUUGGAACGAAUGAAUGACCGCUUUCCUAAGAAGCUGAUCCAGACAUACUCCGUUUUCCCGGAUAUGCAAACAACAGACGUCGUCGUCAACCCGUACAACAGUCUGCUUUCCAUGCGACGAUUGGCACAAGAUGCGGACUCUGUGGUCGUAUUGGAUAAUGGUGCUCUAUCUCGCAUUGCCGGCGACCGCCUCCACAUGAGACAGGAUUCCUUCGACGAUAAGACGAACUUUGACCAAACCAACCAGCUGGUAUCAACCGUGAUGUCGGCAUCUACGGCCACACUUCGCUACCCCGGCUAUAUGCACAACGACCUUGCCGGAAUCAUCGCCUCGCUCAUCCCCACGCCGCGAUGCCACUUCUUGCUCACAUCCUACACCCCCUUCACCGGCGACAGCAUCGAGCAGGCCAAGACCGUGCGCAAAACCACCGUGCUAGACGUGAUGCGCCGUCUUCUCCAGCCCAAGAACCGCAUGGUCUCCAUGACCCCCAGUAAAUCCAGUUGCUACAUCAGUAUCCUCAACAUGAUCCAAGGCGAGGCCGACCCUACCGACGUGCACAAGUCGCUACUGCGUAUCCGCGAGCGCCGCCUCGCCUCAUUUAUCCCCUGGGGUCCGGCCAGUAUCCAGGUUGCCUUGACGAAGAAAUCGCCGUACCUGCAGCAUUCGCAUCGGGUCAGCGGUCUUAUGCUGGCUAACCACACUUCUGUGGCGACCUUGUUCAAGCGCGUCAUUCAGCAAUACGAUCGACUGCGCAAGCGCAAUGCCUUCUUGGAGCCUUACAAGAAGGAGGCGCCCUUUGCCGACGGACUGGGCGAAUUCGACGAAGCAAGGGCGGUAGUGAUGGAUCUUGUAGCCGAGUACGAGGCUGCCGAGCGCGAAGAUUACCUCGAUCCCGGUGCUGGGGCGGAGAAGGAAGUGGGCGUUUGA